AUGAAAUGGCUCUCAUGUAUGCUGUUUGCUUUGCUUCUGCCAAUCGGCAGUGCAACUCAGCAGCAACCAUUAAGUAUAGUUCCAGAGGGCCCGAAGCGGGUAGCUGUUAUCGGAGCUGGAGCUGGGGGCUCAUUUGCUGCGUAUGAGCUACAAAAGCUAGCUGAGGGGUCGGGCAUCCCUGUCAACAUCACCGUGUUCGAGCGGACCUCGCACAUUGGCGGACGAGCGACGACUGUCAACGUAUUUGAUGACCCUGCCUAUCCGAUCGAGCUAGGUGCCUCGAUCUUUGUUCAAGUAAACCAAAAUCUCGUGAAUGCUUCCCGUGACCUGGGACUUUCGGUCCGGAGUGCGGAUCAUGCACGGCCAAAGGAAACAGCCGAAUCCAUUGGUAUCUGGGACGGCACGCAUUUUGUCUUCUCUAUCAAGAACACCGAUAGCUGGUGGAAUAUUGGCCGUCUUUUCUGGCGAUAUGGUCUGGCGCCACUGCGUACUCAGAACUUAAUGAAGAGUACUGUUGGCAAGUUUCUCAGUCUGUACGAAGAGCCGCUCUUCCCGUUUCAGUCACUGUCUGAGGCUGCGAUAUCAGCAGGCCUGGUCGAUGCUACUUCAAAUCCAGGAUGGAAUUUCCUGGCUGCAAACAAGAUUUCCGAACUAUUCGCCCGGGAGAUUGUCCAGGCCAGCACGCGUGUCAACUAUGGCCAGAAUCUGGGAUUGAUUCAUGGACUGGAAUCGAUGGUUUGCAUGGCCGCGGAGGGCGCAGUAGCUAUCGAUGGUGGAAACUGGAGAAUUUUCGAUGGCAUUUUGAAAACUUCCAAGGCGCAUGUCAGUCUAAACACGACCGUGACAGAGAUUGUGCGGAACGAUGACGGUACCUCGCGCAUCAAAUUCAAGCCAACUGAAUACCACUGGAUGCAAUCAGAGCACGCUGAUUUUGACGAGGUGAUCAUUGCGGGUCCAUUACAGUACAGUGGCAUUUCCGUCUCUCCACCGUUGCAACAUGUCCCAGACGAGAUCCCAUACGUGAAGCUGCAUGUUACACUUCUCGCCUCUCCGCAUCAGAUUUCACCUGGCUUCUUUGGUCUUGAAGGUGAGGACGUGCGCGCACCAGAAACAAUUCUGACUACUCUGCCUGAGGGUCUUGAUCUCGGCUCGGAUGUCCAUGGAGUAGGCCCCGCUGGGUUCUGGAGUAUCAGCACUUUGCGCACAGUGACUCGAUCAGUCAUCAGAGACGGCGAGGAGAAGGAAGAGCAACAUUAUAUAUACAAAAUCUUCUCGCCAGAGCGGCCAACUGCCGAGUUUGUUGCCCAAGUUUUCGGGAUAAACUAUUCCAAUGAUACUGGACCGGCUUCGACUAUUGGUGAUCUUCCUAAGAGUCAUAUUAGCUGGUUCUAUGAGAAGAUCUGGCACCCGUAUCCGCUCAUGUACCCCCGGGUCACCUUUGAGGAAACGGUAUUGGCUCCAGGAGUUUGGUAUACAAGCGGAAUUGAGAGCUUUAUCUCGACGAUGGAGACUAGUGCAUUGAUGGGACGGAAUGUGGCGGCGCUCGUGGUGAAGUCGUGGAAGAAUGGUACAGGGCAGAAAGACGAGGUUGAUUCCAGUGGGAAGACCGAGCUCUGA